AUGGAUGAUGGAAGUUAUUCGGUUAGAAAUCAAGAUUUACAAGCCAAUAAAUCGUUUUGGCCUUUUCCAAUGACCGGUGCUCGUAAGCGAUCCAGGCCUUGCCCCAAAAGAUUACAUUUCGGGGAUAAUGACAACGAAUGGAUCCCUUCAUUCAGAGCACAGGUCAAGUCCUCGAACAACCAUCAAAAUACUUUAAACGUUUCGCCAGCAAACGAAUAUCAGCAAAUCCAACGACAGCCCAGUAAAUAUUUCGAAGCGCAAACUAAUUUACGUGACUCUGCUACAACCGAAAAUAUAUUUUAUCAAUAUUUACAGCAGCAACAAAAUAACGAAAUUCCUAGUGCUGAGAGAAAUAUUUCCGCAGCAACCACCAAUAAUGAGAGUGUUGGUAAAAAUCUUCGUGAUAUUCAUUUUGAAAAAAUUCAAGAUGAUGAGGUUGAAAAUAUUGAUAACGCUAUUUCCUAUUUAUCAAAGUCAAAUAAUCCACAAACAGUAGAUGAAAUAUCAAGCAAUGAGAAUGUUGAAUGUGAACCCACAUCUUCAGAGGAAGCAGACAGUAGAAGAACUAAAUUAGAUAAAUCAAUGGUUUACGUUACUGUUACCGAAAAGCUUAUAAAAUGUAUACCGAUAAAAUCGUUCACGGAAACUGAACAAUUAAAACAUUUGAGCUCAAGCGAUGUCAAUGUCGUAUACAGAAAAAAUGCUGAUCGUCUCAAUCGUAAACAAAAUUUUGAAACAAAGAAAAUACUUGUAGAUGACACGAAAAACGCAAAGUUUGACAAGCAAACCGGAGUAUCAUUUAAUAAUCAUGAAAUGCCUAGAGCUGGAGAUACACAAGUAGCAUCACUGCACAACACUAGAAUUUGCUAUGCUUGUAGUUCUGUUAGUGAUCCAACUUGCUGGAUGCCUGAUAAGAUGACAACAGUGAAGUACUGCCGGAAAGGGCACAACACAUGCAUUUCAAAAACCAUUAAGAGUAACAAUGAGCUAAUCAUGGUUCGUGAUUGUGGAGUGUCGUGCGAAGCUAACUCUUUCCCCGAUUUGAUACCGCGUUACGAAUCCUGCUCAGUUUGUCAUACCGAUUUUUGUAAUAGUGCUUCUAUUGUAGGCCAUAAUUUCCUACUUUUAUAUUUAGUAAUUACUGUUUUAAAAUAUGCACUCGCAUACUUUUCUUAA